AAUGCCUCACAUCGCAACUUACGUGUUCUUUGACCUGGAAACUACGGGUCUACCGCAUCUGGAGCGUAACAGGACCAAGAUUAUCGAGCUCUGCUUCGUUGCCACCUCAAGGAAGGAGAUAGAAAAAUGUCGAUACAGAGAAAUACCGCCGGUUAGUAAAAUAACAUUGGUUUUCAAUCCGCAGAGACCUAUGCAAUCCAAAGUUGUGGAAUUAACCGGAUUCACCAACAAGUUACUUGAACACGCGCCGACUUUUAAACAGAAAACUAAAAGUUUGGUAGCCUUUCUAGAAGAGCUUGAAAAACCGGUGUGUCUGGUCGCACAUAAUGGUAAUAUUUUCGACUAUAAAUUGCUACAAACAGAAUUCAAUGAGGCUGGCGAGACCCUACCAAGAGAUCUUCUAUGUGUAGAUUCCAUAAUAGGGUUUAGGAAACUCUUGAAAGGAACAACUAUUGAUUAUAAAACUUUAGAAGUCUCGCCACAGAGAGAUGAAGACUUAAUAACAGAUGACGAAGACGAAUGGCCUGAUAUUAAUGUGAGUAAUGAAGACUGGCAAGAAAUUGAUGACAUAUGCCUCUCAUUAUCUGAUAUGUCAUGUGAAGACAUUGAUGAAAAUGCCAAAGAAGAAAAGGGAACCAAAACCAGCAAUGAAAAAAUUAGGAAGAAAAAAACUGAAGCAAUUAAAAGGGUGAUGGAUAAAAAACCUAAACCUGACAAAGAAAGCUUUGCGUUGACUGCCCUCUAUAAAAGACUUCUGAACAGAGAAGAGCAGAAUGCGCACAGAGCUGAAGCGGAUUGUUUUAUGUUACUGUACUGUGUUGUGGCUAUGAAAAGCGACUUUCUGCCAUGGGCCGACGAUUCCUGUAAAAAGCUGACUGAAAUUAGGCCCCUUGAAAGGCAUUAGUUUUAGGAUGUUUUUUUA